GUAACAAAAAAUGCUGUUCAUCAUUUUGGUUUCUACAUUGGUAGCUUCUGCUUCCGCCCAAACAUGUGCCAACGACCAAGGACCAUGUCUCAAAAUGACUGUCAACACUAUGGACAUCUACAUCUGUCCAGAAGGAAUGGCCUGUUUGACAAACUCCACUUGUUGUGAAUAUGCUGAUAUUCAAGUGUCUACUACGACCACCACAACAGCUGCAUCCACCUCUACUUGUGUCGACAAAGUCAAUCCGUCGACAGGAGUAUCUGAUUGCCCAAAGAGUGCUUACCUGUGCAAUGAUUCAACCUAUUACACAUUGAUGACUGAGCAAUGCCCAAAAACGUGCAACAGAUGCAGUGGUGGAAACAAUAAUAAUAACAACAACAACAACGGUGGAUCAUCUUCAAGCUGUGUCGACAAAGUGAACCCAUCAACCGGAGUUUCUGAAUGUGCAGCUAAAGCCUACUUGUGUACCAACUCGAUCUACUUGUCUUUGAUGAAAGAUCAAUGCCCCAAGACUUGUGGAUUCUGUUAGGAUACCGUCAUGUUACGGUUCCAGAUGAACAGCAUAAUAAAUCAAUAAAUCAUUCGAAGUUUCACAAAUAUUCAUCGAUAAAUGAAGAUUUAGUAGUCAACAUUU